GUCAGGACCAUCCGCCCGGAGCUCAAGAGAUCCGACAGCACCGAAAGCAUCAAAACGAUGACCUACUCGAUGCCACGUCCCGUGCUGGCGCACUCCGUCUCGCACUUCUCGCACAACCCUUGCGCCGGUAGACCUGCGAUGCCCGAGGCAAUAGCGCAUGAUCGCGGGCGGUCCCUGGUGCGUGAACGAAGUGACGUCGCCGCCAUCGCCGACUCGGACGCCACUCCUAGAGAGCAUCUCAGAGAGAUCCGCGAGCAGCUCGCACGGUCCAGACGCUCGAUUGAGAACCUACGGCAGAUCGUGGAGAGGCGCAGGGAGGCUAGGGUUGCGGCGAAGACAACUCCUUCAAACCAUGAUAUGGCGGUGACGGCAACUGCGGCGGUGGCGACAAAACCUGAAGCGGGCGAUGACGACCGGUCGGACGGCUUUGCAGGCGAUGUCGAAGUCCAGAUCCAGGAGGCUCUCGAUUCGGAUGCGGACUCAGGUGAAAGCUCGUUCGCAGGGGCAUAUAUGCGCGACGGCAUGAACGAGUUCUGGGGGCCAGGUCGGUUCCGAGUCGAGAUCAAGAGUCUGUGGGAGCACACGACGCUCUGGGACCUAGAGGCGGAACACAUCUACCCGUGUGUGUGCACUCUCGUCAUCGCCGACCUACACACGUCACGCCCCAUAUACGACACGCCGCCCAUCAAGAAUAUCCGCCUCGACUUUUGGGCAUCCUGGAACAACGAACCAAGAGGUCAGUCUACCACCUUCAGCGACGCGGAACUGGAGCACGCCGCGUGGAAGGCCAGCUAUACCGGGUACAUCGUGUCUCGCGAAGACGCCAACGCCAGCAUGUUGCACAAUUCGGAUAGCAUUUUCAUGUGCGAUGACUGGCACAGCGUGGCCGACGGCGACGCCUAUAGUGCCCAUGGCACGCUGUUCUUUGUUCCCAUCCCCACGGAGCAGCUCCUCGCCUGGGAAUCCCGCGUAUUCCGCAUGCGCGCGUAUGUCGUCUUCGGAGUUGAAGAACCGGGACUAUCGCUCCCGCAGUUCGAAGCUUGCUCUGCUAUCAUGGAUGUACCUAUCGAGUCGCUCAGGAAAGAACACCACAUGGACGGCAAGCCUCUGCUGCACAGGACGAAUCUACUACCUGGCAAGUGGGACUAGCUCCACGUUCCUGCGGCACCAUCAUCAGACAUCCUCCUGUACACGUUGCCGAAAAACGCACCACACUCCUUAUUUGGUUUCAUAGACGAAUCCCGAUCUAUUAAGAAAAGAGGUUAAUUAUAAUUAACUGUGUUUCACCAGUUCCUAAUGAAAUGACUUUCGC